AUGACAGACGACAGAGUCUACCCAGCUUCGAAACCUCCGGCCGUCGUCGGUGGAGCCCCAACCACCAAUCCAACUUUCCCACCGACUAAAGCUCAGCUCUACAACGCAAACCGUCCGGCUUACCGUCCACCAGCCGGUCGCCGCCGUAGCCACAGCCGUGGUUGUUGCUGCCGUUGCUGCUGCUGGACGAUUUUCGCAGUCAUCCUUCUAGUUCUCAUCGUCGCCGCCGCAGCCGCCGUGGUAUACCUCAUUUACCGUCCUCAACAGCCGAGCUUCACCAUCUCCUCCCUCAAAAUCUCGUCUCUCAAUAUCACCUCCGCGAAUCACCUCACCACCGCCAUAUCACUCUCCGUCAUCGCCAAAAACCCGAACAAGAACGUCGGAUUCAACUACGACGUCGCCGACAUCACUGUCUACAAAUCCUCGCCAGGAGAUGAUGACGUCAUCAUCGGUAAAGGAUCGAUCCCGUCGUUUGUCCACGGGAAGAAGAACACCACUCUGCUCAAAUCUACCAUCGGUGGUCCUCCGGAAGAUCUGGAUGAGCUGUCGGCAAGUAAGCUCAAGGGAGAAUUGAAGGCAAAGAAAGCAGUUGCCAUCAAGAUUGUUCUAAAUACUAAGGUGAAAGUGAAGAUGGGAUCACUAAAAGCGCCCAAAUCAGGAAUUAGAGUCACUUGCUCAGGGAUGAAAGCGGUGGCUCCAACCGGGAAGACGGCCACGACAGCCACUACAUCCUCCGCUAAGUGUAAGGUUGAUCUGAGGAUCAAGAUCUGGAAAAUCACUUUUUAA